AUAACCACCGCUAAAUAAUGAAUCGUCCAAGAAAAAAAGUUAUACGUCCACAGAAUCCAUAUGUUAAAGCGAAUAUAUUUUCUCGCAUGAGUUUUUGGUGGACAACAGACCUUUUCCGUUUGGGUUGGACAAAAUCACUCGAAGAAACCGACUUAUAUGAAAUACCCCGUGAUUUAGACUGUGAAGAUGGUACUGAAUUCCUGGGUAAAUUGUGGGAAGAAGAAAAGAGAACAAAGCCAAAUCCAAAUAUUGUACGUGUGAUAUGUAAAGCCUAUGGAAAACGCUUCUUGCCGGUUGGCUUUUUCUGUGCAUUGUUAGAGACAACACUAAAAUGCUUGCAACCAUUAUUUUUGGGAGGCUUAGUGUCAUUUUUUGCUGCUGGUCAGACUAAUGUCAGUGAAAAGGAAGCUUUCGCAUAUGCCGCUGGUAUUGUCUUGUGUUCCCUGCUGUUGGUGAUGUCUCUGCAGCCAUAUCUGUUCUAUGCAUUUAAGACCAGCACCCGAAUUCGUGUGGCCCUGUCUGGCUUGAUAUAUCGUAAAUGUUUGCAAAUCUCUAAGAAUUCCAGUGAUGAUGGUCUACGUGGCAGAGCUAUUAAUAUAUUGGCCAACGAUUUGUCUGUGUUUGAUGCGGCGUUGUGCUUUAUACAGGACUGGUGGAAGGGUCCAACUGAAUCUUUAAUCAUAGGCUAUCUAAUGUAUCGUGAAAUUGGCUGGGCGGCAGUAGUUGGUAUUUCGUUUUUGUUGGCUUUUAUACCCUUGCAAGCAUGGGGUGCUAAAAAGGCAGCUGGUUAUAAACAAAAGACUGUGGAAAGAACCGAUUGGCGUGUCAAGCUAAUGAAUGAAAUUAUUCAAGGUAUUCAGGUGAUCAAGAUGUAUGCCUGGGAAAAAUCAUUUGCCCGGGUUAUAAGUUUUGUCAGACGCAAGGAAGUGAAUGCCAUUAAAGGCUCUUCUUAUGUAUAUGCCAGUUUAAAUUGUACCUACAUGAUCUCUCCCAUUUCCAUAUUUUUGGCUUUGAUUUCCUACAUCUAUUUUGGUGAUGUCUUGACGGCCAAAAAAAUAUUUACCAUUUCCUCGUUCUUUACCAUGCUCAAUGAGUCUAUGGUAAGAUUUUGGCCAAUGUCUUUGAUAUUUUUGGCUGAAACCUGGAUUUCAAUUAAGAGAUGUAAUGCAUUUUUGCUGUAUAAUGAAGACGGACAGACGGAAGAGACGAACUUGUAUCAUAAGAAUAUUCAUAAUCAAAAUGGAAAUGGAAAGCAUGAAAAAUCUGCCCAGGAGCUAUUGCUAAAAGGCUUAAAGGACAACAAGCGUACUGUAGAUGUACAGGCUAAAGUGAAAAGCGUGGAGAUGCGCCAUGUUUUGGCUACUUGGGAAACCCAGGGAGCCGAGGGUUCUAUGAAGACACCAGCUUUACAAAAUUUUACUACCACAUUUGAAGAGGAAACAUUGGCUGCUAUUGUGGGUCCAGUGGGAGCAGGUAAAUCUACUUUACUUAAUGCCAUUUUGGGAGAAGUGAAAAUAGAGUCGGGAGAAAUUCUAGUCAAUGGCAAGAUCUCCUACUGUUGCCAAGAGCCCUGGGUAUUUGAAGGCACCAUUAAGGAGAAUAUAAUAUUUGUGGAGGACUAUGAUGAUAGGCGUUACAAGCAGGUGUUGAAGGUGUGUGCCUUGGAGCGUGAUGUAGAAUUAUGGCCCAAGCGUGAUCAGACAAUGGUGGGAGAACGUGGUGUAAGUUUAAGUGGUGGCCAAAGGGCGAGAGUAAACCUGGCGAGAGCUAUUUAUCGCAAGGCCGAUAUAUAUCUUUUGGAUGAUCCCCUAUCGGCCGUAGACACUCAUGUGGGCAAACAUAUAGUGGACUAUUGCAUCAAUCAGUUUCUGUACGAUAAAAUACGUAUAUUGGUGACACAUCAAUUGCAAUAUCUCGCCGAUGUGGAACAUGUCAUUCUUAUGGAUGGUGGCAGCAUUGCUGCCCAGGGCAAUUAUCAGGAAUUACAAAACUCCAAACAGUUUCAGUUCCUGGCUCAAUCUCAAAAGGAAAACCAAGACAAUGAUGAUUUGGAAUAUAUUGAUGAGGUUUCAGAAGAUGAAAUAAGUCUUAAAACACAUAGAUCUCGUUUGGCUUCUGAAAAUAGUACAGAUUUUGAUUUGCAUGAUAUGGUGGUAGAUGAAAAAGAAGAGAUUGAGGAACUUAAUAAGGAAGCCCAGGCCGGUGGCUCUGUUAAGUUUGACACGUAUUUAACAUAUUUCAAGGCCUUGAAUAAUACUUGUUUUUUCAUAACUGUAAUUGGUCUUUUCAUAUGCACGCGUUUCAUGUUGAACAGUAUGGAUUAUUUCUUAUCCAGAUGGGUAAUUUGGGAAGAAAAAAUAGCUUUGAUGCCAUUUAAUAACAACACAGAUUUAGGUGAAAAUAAUGCUACUUAUUUGGCAGCUAAUAAUAAGACAGAUUUUGUAUUCAAUAGUACAACCCAAAAAUCAAAUUACGACAGUCAUAGUGAUGAGCGUUAUGAACGCAUUAUUAUGUAUUUGAUCAUAUUGAUCUCCACCAUUGUCGUUUAUACUCUUCGUACUUUUGGUUUCUAUCGCAUGUGUCUUCAGAUUUCAUUACAUCUUCAUGAUUUGCUAUUCCGUGCCAUAACUCGCACUUCUAUGCUGUUUUUCAAUACAAAUCCUUCGGGUCGUAUAUUGAAUCGUUUCUCGAAAGAUAUUCGUACACUGGAUGUGGAUGUACCACGUACUUUAAUUGAUUGUAUAUCGUUCAUAAUUGACAUAUCCGGUGUGAUGGCCAUAGUGGCCAUUGUCAACUAUUGGCUGCUGAUACCUUCCCUGUUAAUCGUUCUGGGUCUCAUAUCGUUAAGGCAAAUUUUCGUCAAUACCAGUCGUGAUAUAAAACGUUUGGAGUCAAUUUCCCGCAGUCCCAUCUAUUCCCUUACAAAUCAAACAUUCCAGGGCCUUACCACUAUAAGAGCUUUGGAGGGUGAAAAGGUAUUAGAAUCAGCGUUUUAUGAUCAUCAAAAUACCAAUACUUCGGCCUGGUUUUUGUUCUUCUCUUCGAAUCGUGCCUUUGCUGCCUGGAUUGAUAUCCUGUGUGUGUGCUACAUAACCAUAGUCACCUUUAGUUUCCUGGCUUUACGUUCAAGUUUCAACAGUGGUGAUGUGGGUUUGGCCAUUUUGCAGUCGUGUGCCUUGGUGGGUAUGUGUCAAUGGGGUAUGCGUCAAUCGGCGGAAUUGGAAAAUAAUAUGACAAGUGUGGAACGUGUUUUGGAGUACACAAAUCUACCAUCAGAACCUGCCAUGGAAACUGAAGAACAUGUAAAACCCAAAGGUCCCUGGCCUAGCAGAGGACGCAUAGAAUUCAUAAACUUCCAUUUGAGAUAUAAUCCCGAUGAUGAGUGCAUUUUAAAGAAUUUAAAUUUUACCAUAGAACCCAAACAAAAAGUUGGUAUUGUGGGUCGCACGGGAGCUGGCAAAUCAUCUAUUAUACAGUCACUCUUUCGUUUGGCUUACAAUGAGGGCGUUAUACGCAUCGAUGAUGUAGAUAUUGAAACAAUUGGCUUGUAUGAUUUGCGUAGCAAAAUUUCCAUUAUUCCUCAAGAUCCGGUUUUAUUCUCGGGUACUCUACGCUAUAACUUAGAUCCUUUGCAAGAAUAUAGCGAUGAGAAAAUGUGGCAGGCUUUGGAAGAUGUGGAAUUAAAGGAACAUGUUACAAAAUCUAUGGGUGGCUUAGGCUGUGCCAUGUCAGAUGGAGGUUCCAACUUUAGUGUGGGUCAAAGACAAUUGGUUUGUUUGGCUCGUGCAAUUUUGAGACAGAAUAAGGUGUUGAUUUUAGAUGAAGCUACUGCCAAUGUGGAUCCCAUCACCGAUGCCCUUAUACAGAACACCAUACGCAGUAAAUUUGCCGAUUGUACCGUCUUAACAAUUGCCCAUCGUCUGCACACCGUUAUGGAUAGUGAUCGUGUUCUUGUUAUGGAUGCUGGCCAGGCUGUGGAAUUCGAUCAUCCAUAUUUGCUAUUGCAAAGACCUAAAGGUUUUCUACGCAGUUUAGUAGACGAUAGUAGUUCGGAUGCUGCCGCUGCUUUAUUCCAAUCGGCCCAGGAAAGUUACAAGUCGAAAGUACAAAAUGUAUAGCGACAUUUAGACUAUAGAGGAGAAUAACUAAUGGACUUAAACUAAUUUAAUUUAUUUAGGGAAUAAUUAUAUUAAUUAUUAAGAAGAAUCAAUCUUUAUGGACUUAAAUGUAUUUACACAUAUGAAUAGAAUUUUAAAAAUUGUAUAUAUGUA